UAUCGGUUGUAUGUUUUAAUUGUUAAUUUCUAAAACUAUAAAAAGUAAGCUUAAUUCGAGAUUUCCAAAUCUUGUUUAGCAUUUCUUAUUAAGUUACUUUGUUAUUAACGUUUUCUAUAUCAUUUCUUUGUUUAAUAUUAACUAUACUGUAAAAUUAUAAAGUUAAGAUUUGGUAAAGAAGUCAAGGACCGACUCGUGAAAUUAUCAAGUUCACUUUUAGAUAUUAGUUUAUGCAAGUAGUGGUAUAAUUAAAUUUACCAAAUUUACUCUACGUGAUACAAAAUCCUGAAAAUGCUGGAUACACGACCUAAUCAUACAAUUUAUAUAAAUAAUCUUAAUGAAAAAAUUAAAAAAGAAGACUUAAAAAAAUCAUUAUAUGCUAUUUUUUCUCAAUUUGGACAAAUUUUGGAUAUUGUUGCCAUGAAAGGAAUGAAAAUGAAUGGCCAAGCAUUUGUAAUUUUUAAAGACAUCACUAGUUCAACUAAUGCAUUACGUGCUAUGCAAGGAUUUCCUUUUUAUGAUAAACCAAUGCGUAUACAAUUCGCUAAAACUGAAUCUGAUAUUAUUGCUAAAAUGAAAGGAACAUUUGUUGAACGCCAAAAGAAACCUAAAAAACCAAAAGAAGACGAAGAAGCUAAAAAAAGACGUAAGGCUGCUAAAGAACAAGCUCGUGCUUUAGCUCAACAGAAUAAUCCUGGUGGUGUUGCUGGUGGAAAUGUACCUGAACAGCCACCUAACCAAAUUCUUUUCUUAACCAAUCUCCCCGAUGAAACAACUGAAAUGAUGUUAUCUAUGCUUUUUAAUCAAUUCCCUGGAUUUAAAGAAGUAAGACUUGUACCAAAUAGACAUGACAUUGCUUUUGUAGAAUUUGAAAAUGAACACCAAUCAAACACAGCUAAAUUAUCUCUUAAUGGUUUCAAAAUUACUCCAACACAUGCUAUGAAAAUAACAUUUGCUAAAAAAUAAUUUUUUAGUAUAGAAGAACAAUGAUUGAUUGACUAUCAAAAGUAACUUAUAUUUAUAAUGUGUAUAAGUUAUAAUAAGGUUAUAAAAAAUAAAUAAAAAAUAUAUGAUUUAUCUUAAA